AUGAAAAAAGUGAUGGAAGUGUUGACACCGAUUUUUGCGCGAUACGGUUACCCAUUUACUCUUAAGUCCGACAACGGAGCUCAAUUCGUAUCGGAAGAAUUUGAGGAUUUCCUAACGGAAAAUCGAAUCCGGCACCGUAAUAAGUCUCCGUCUUUUUGGCCUCAAGCCAAUCGGGGAGUAGAGCGUCAGAACAGAACUCUAUUAAAAUCGAUGAAGGUGGCUCAUGUGGAAAAUAAGAAGUGGAAGGAUGAGCUUAACAAGUUCCUGUUGGCAUACCGAACCACUACUCACGGCAGUACAGGAGUAUCUCCUGCGUUUAUGAUGUUUGGAAGAGAACUCAAGACUAAACUUCCCGACUUACGUCCUGAUAAAAACGUUUUGGAUGAAAGCAUUAGAGAUCGUGACUGGAAUAAAAAGGUGGCAGGAAAAAGAGUAUCUGAAGAUACAGUUGUUUCACCUACGAGUGAAGGUAAACCUGUUGCAUUGCCAAUAAGCAGACCAUCUCGAGCGAGAAAAUUACCGGACAAAGUUCAAGGAUUUUGUGUUGAACACUGCAAGAUAUUAGUAUAA